AUGAAUCUAGAAAUUCAAACAAUGAUUCGAGAGCGUGUAUUGGAAUUUGCACCCAUGACGCCAUCUUUCAUAUCCCCGCUUUUUAUAAUAAGAAAAAACAACGGCAAGAAUCGUGUGAUUUUCAAUCUGAAGGCAUUAAAUCAGUUUAUGAAACCCGAGCCCUUUCAUCUGUUUCAUCACUAUCAAAUGCCGAAGUUCUUACAACAGGGCGAUUGGAUGGUAAAAUUGGAUAUCAGCCAGGCUUACUACCACGUCCCAAUCUCGGUGAAACACCGAUGUUUCCUACGUGUCAGUUACAAGGGAAGACUACUUCAAAUGACGUGCCUACCAUUUGGCUUAGCAAUCGCUCCAAAAAUGUUUGCUUCGGUAACAAACUGGACAGCAGAACUUUUACGCCGUCAAGGUUUAAGAGUCAUUGUCUUCUUGGACGAUUACCUGCUCGUCCACCAGGACAGGGAAGUCCUCCAGGCCCAGGUUCACAAAGCCAUGCAAUUUCUGCAGAAUCUAGGCUGGAACAUAAACUCAAAGAAAUCGAUAUGCACUCCUACGAGACUAAUCGAUUUUCUGGGUAUCACUUGGGACACAAACUCAAACAGAAAGUUCCUACCCACAGAAAAAAUCAACAAAAUACGUCAGUGUCUAUCGACUCGUCUGUCAGCCGGCAAUUGGACUCUCAAGCAGGCCCAAUGCCUCUUAGGGUAUCUCAAUUUUGCAACCUUCAUCACCCACCGGGGAAGGUUGCACUGCCGAACGCUACAGCAACACAGCAAUGCUUUAAUGAUGAGUCCAAUUCAGAGCAGCCCAUUGGCAGAAGAAGUGAGACAAGAAUUGGCUUGGUGGCUGCACAACAUCGAUCAAAAGACCGCGAUCCACUUGCACAGAAGUCGCACAAAUUACCUAACAACAGACGCUUCCGAUGUUCAGUGGGGAGCUCUAGUCAACAGCAAAUCUGUCAGAGGUCAUUGGACUCCGCGGCAAAUGACCUGGCAUUGCAAUCUGAAGGAGAUGCAUGCUGUAAUAGCUGCAAUCUUAUCGGAUCCAGAAGCCUUGAAGGAUUCGAAAAUAAUUCUACAGAGCGACAGCAAAACAGUUGUAUCGUAUAUAAAAAACGAAGGCGGAACGAAGUCGAAAAGACUGCUUGCAAUGACCAAAGAACUUUUGGCACUGACGGACAGUUUGAAUAUAGUACUAAUCCCUCAUCACUUACCGGGAAUGUACAACAUGGAAGCCGAUCAUCUCUCGCGAAAUCGCAAAGGCGGCGAAUGGCAUCUUUUACCCGAGGCAAGCAGGGAAAUAUUCAAUCUGUGGGGAACACCCGAAAUAGAUCUUUUUGCUUCAAAAGAGGCACACGUCGUGGAGAAUUAUGUUACGCUAGACUUAUUAGACUGGAACGCUUGCUAUCACGACGCCUUCAGCAGAUCCUGGAAAUACGACCUGGCGUGGAUAUUUCCUCCGCCGGCGCUUCUACCUCAAGUAUUGCACCACCUCAACUCAGCGCAAGGCAGUUAUGAUACGAGAUCUCGACAAAACUCUAAUCAACACCGUGACACGGCAGGCUCCGCCUCAAGUGUUGAAAUUACAAAUGGAAGCAUGGUUAAUUUCGGCUGGGACUCGCUUAUAGAAAACUGGUCGAAUGAUGAGAAAAAUCUCCUUUCAACAUGCUGGAGGCAAUCCACGAGGAAAACCUAUGCUCCUAUUUGGAAAAAAUGGGUGAAGUGGUGUCAAGAAAAUAAUUUAGAUUAUCAAUUCCCGGCGCCAACUAAUGUGGCUAGAUAUUUAGCUAGACUAUUCCUCAAUGAUCAUUUAGCUUAUCGAUCUAUCUUAGUGCACAAAUCUGUUAUAGCAUCAAUUUGUGAAACCCUAAGUGAUGUAAAAAUUUCUUCAAAUAAUUUGGUAAAACAUUUGCUUAAAGCCAUCUCCAUCGCUAAACCAAUACCUCAAAAGCUACCAAUAUGGGAUGCGAGAACGGUCAUACAUUACUUAAGAGAUUCGAGCCCGAAUGAAAAUAGUCUAUUUGAUGUCUCGAAGCGAACAGCCACUAUUCUCCUAUUGACAUCAGGUCGUAGAGUGCAUGACUUAACUCUCUUGCACUGUGACCCUCAGCAUUUCAUUGAUAAAGGUGACUCAAUCAUUUUGCACCCAGUAUUCGGUUCUAAAACGGAUACAGGAUCGUAUAGGCAAUCUAGUUGGACAUUAUUAGAUUGUCCUGAUAAACGUUUAAAUCCUUUAUUUUGGCUUAGAACGCUAGUCGAAGUAUCUAAGUUUACUAGAGGCUCCCUAACUAAUUUAUUUAUUACCACUAGGGACCCGAUAUCCAAAGUGAACGGGGAAAUUGAAGAGUUGGUACAGCAAAGGCUAGCUGCAUCUGGUUCUAAAGAAGAUAAGCUGGCACCAUUCCGCCAGCAGGCGACUGUGAUAAGGCGUAACAAGGAAGCCAGCGCUGCACAUGUGCACGAGUUGACGGCUGCACUGAAAGAGCACGAGGUUACUCUUGCUGAUUUACAGUCACAGGUUAAACAACUGCUCGGCGACAUGGUGCUGAGAGGCGAAGAAUUGAAAAAAUAUGUAAAUUCCUUACGAACCAAAAGUACUGUGUAUAAAAGACAAAGAGCCAAUCUGUCAACGUUCAAGGUUGAAGCUGGUAUUCUGACUAGAACUUUGCAAAUAAUUAGCUCCGCAGAUCCAACUAUAGAAAUGGCUUUACUUAAUUAUAAGAAAAUGAAAAUCGAUGACGUCGAAGAUGUGGAGAGAGAACCACAAUCUGAUUUAACGAGGAAAUCUUUUCACGACCUAUCUCAGUUAGUUGCCCAAACGGCUCAAACACUUUCUGAAGUGAGACAAGAACUACAGCCAUUAGCCGACAAAAUAAAACCGAUAAAACAGGAAUUCCAAGCAAUACAACAACAAUAUGAACAAAAGAAACGGGCGUACGAGGCUACCUCUAUAAAUAUAUCGUCUCAAAUGGAACCCUUGAAGAGUCAAGUGAAGGAAUUGACGGAUCAGUUGAAUAGUAAAGAGGAUGAAUGGAAAAACUUGAGGCAAAAGAUCACAAAGGCUGAAAGUUUACAGGAAGUGGUGAUGGUUGAAAUGAAAAAUUCGAUGCAGAGUCCGCGUCAGCCGUCCAAAAUGGAAUCUAUGAAGAGGCGAAUUGCUGAUUUAGAGGACAUUGUUCAUAACUUAGAAGAGGACCAACGUGCGAUAAGCUCUCGUCAAGGCGCGGUGGAAGAACAGACUCGUUUGUGGCAGAAUACUCUAGAACUCCUUCGGUGUAAGUUGAAGAGCAGGAAUGAGCCAGCAGCACGAGAAGGACGCAUGCACAUAACCCAACAUUCGCAAAUGUUAACCUUGACUUAA